AUGAAGUUAUUAGGUAUUUUGUGCGCUUGCAAAAACUCUACUGACAACUAGGUAUAUAUCCCAGUAAGAGAAUAUGAAGAUAGUUCAAUAAGCGUGUUUUCAAGAGGUACUGUUAGAGAUUCAUUUAAGUUCAUAGUAAGAGAAUCAUUUGUUGGCAUUCAAAAAGGCUCAAGACAUGAAGUUAAACAUGAAGACUACUUUGUCUACAUUUUAGCUUCUUUGAAUCACAAUGUAGUUGCAUAUGCAUUUACAGAAGGUGCAUAUCCAGCUAGAAGAGUUAUAUAUUAAGGUUUAUAAAAAGCUCUAGAUGGCUUUUUCUAGAAGCUAGGAAAUGGCUAUUAAGCUAUAAAAUCAGAUGAUAAAAUAUAAAUUCCAGCAGUUCAAUAAGUCUUAAAAGAUUACUCAGACCCUGCAAAUGUUGAUUAAUUAACAAAAGUAUAGAAUAAAGUAGACGAAAUCCAAGUCAUCCUACACGAAAAUAUUAACAAAUUACUUGAAGCUUAAGGUGAUUUGGAUGUUUUAGUAGAAAAGAGCAAAGAUCUUAGUGCUGCAUCCAAAACACUAUAUAAAAAUUCAAAGAAGAUGAAUAAAAAAUGUUGCAAUAUUUUUUGA